GGGGGCCAAAUUAGUGUUGCGGUCGAGCUGCUUGUGUCCCAGAACCUUUCAACGGUUAACUGAUUUUUCGCUUUUCCAAGUGUAACAGCCUAUUAAUCGUACGGCCAUGGCUCUGUGCGGGGGUGUCGGAGCCUCGGCCUUACCUAGCGAGCUAAUUGUCCACAUAUUUUCCUUCUUGUCCGCUCGGGACAAGCUCCGGGCCUCGGCUGUGUGCUCUCGGUGGAGGGAGUGUCUGUUCUACCCAGCGCUGUGGACCGAGCUCAAGCUGCGGGUCGGCGGUGGCACAAACGGCAGCGGCUCCGGCAUAGACGAGACCCCGAAACUGGAAUUCCUCAUGCGGAAAAUCGGCUGCUUCGUGCGGGAGCUGCAGCUGGAGUUUGCUCCAGUGGAAGGAUACCUCAGCCCCCUGCACGGUGUGGAGGGUAGGAUGGAGCCUGCUGAAAGCGACCCGCAGUUCGCUGAUCGUUGGAAGGAUGCGAUGAACACUUACCUGGACCAGGUGUUAUGUGUGCUAAACAGCAUUCGGAACAACAGAAACCUUCAGAAGCUGAGUCUGUAUGGAGACACCUGCAUCCUCCAGGACGAGGGCAUUUUGGACAGCUCCCACCUCCAUCAGGUUGACCAAGGAAGCAAGAAAAUCAAAGAGAUCCAGCAGCUGUUUGAGGAAGUCCUGGCCAACAGCAGGCGGGUGAAGUGGCUGUCCUCGGCCUUCAUGCUCGGCAUGGUGACCCCGAGCUCCCUUGCGGCGAUGUCCAACCCCAGCGCCACCUCCUUAGAGCACCUGAGCCUGCUGGAUAACCAGCUGCCCUCACUGGUCCCCGCCAUCGAGAUGGAGCGCCUGCUGAACCUGCGCUCCCUGGCCCUGGACUUCUGCGACUUCACCUCCGACAUGUGCCGCCUUCUCUCCAGGAGCGACCACAUGCCCCUGCACCGCCUCUCCCUGCUGAUCAACGGCACCGCCCUGGCCGGCAAGUCCCUGGACGGCACGGCCAGCGAGGACGACUGGAAGGCCCUGGUGCGCCACAGCGGCAACCUGCGCGUCUACGUCAUGGCGCUGGACGUGCGCAGCCAGGACCUGCUGACGGUGCUGAAGCCCAGCCUGCCCCUGGAGAGGAUCCACUUCGACAGCUACUCCACCUGCACCAGCGUGGCCACCGUGGAGCUCAUCUCCCUGCAGUACCACAAGACCCUCACGCACUUCAUCCUCAUCCGGGACGAGGCCGGCUUCCCGGACCUCAGCGACAACCGCAACGAGGACCCGCUGGUGCUGCUGGCCUGGCGCUGCAUUCAUCUCUCUGUCCUUGUCAUCCACGGUUACACGGUGUGGGCCCACAAUCUCGUCGCCAUCUCCCGCCUGCGCGGCUCCAACCUGAGGGUGCUGGCGGUGUCGGAGGAGAGCAUCGACUUCGACCCGGACCCGGUCUUCUACCUGGAGGAGGACCCCGUGCACAACCUCAUCAAGGAGGUGUCCCUUGGGCUGGGCCGCGUCUGGCACCCCAUGAUGGACACCAGCAUCGUCCUGAGCGAGCCCUUCCAGCACUUCUACAGGGAGAUGCAGAGCUUCAGCGAGGGCAUGUAGCCCCUCCUGUAUUUAACAUCCACGCUUAAUGCUUCUUUACAUAAUGGGCCCUGUUUCUUUUUUUUUUUUUUUUUCUUUCUGUAGCGUGAACUAACCCUUUA